AUGGAAAGACGGAAAGCUAGCCCAGAACAGUUAAACAUGCUUUUACAUUUUCUGGAAGAAGACAAGGAAUUAGCAAUAGGGAAAUUCACAGGUUUAGAAGGAAGAAUUCGUCAAACGAAUGCUUGGAUUACAAUUACUGAAAAACUUAAUGCUAAUUCCGGGUUUGGCUCAGGUGCAAUUAAAACACCUGAUAAAUGGCAACAGACAUGGAGAGAUUGGAAAUCGAAUGUCAAGAAAAAGGCAUUUAAAAUAAGAAAAAAUAGAUUUACACCAGGUUGUAAUGCUAACAUUCAACUAACUGAGGCUGAGGAAAAAAUAUUAAGACUAAUCUGUACAAACACUUCAGUUUUUGGACUUUCAGGAGUACCAGAAACUUCAGCAGUUAAUUCAAUGGCACCUACACAAAGUUCAGGGCCUACAGAUGACAUGUGUGGUGCUGAUCCUUCCACAAAUAAUAUGAAAUGGCCAUCAGACUCUCAGCACUUUACAGCAGCAGAUAUAGAAAUGAGUCUUGGUGAUGCAGUAGUUACAGACCCGGAUGCUGGUAUGGGACCCAAUGAGGUAUCCUCGGCUCCAGUCACAGGGAAGCCUCUAUGGAAGCGAGGAAGACCAGUCAGACUUGUACAUGACAGACUUCUAAACUUAGAAGAGGAAAGAAUUAGAAUAGAGAAACAGAAGCUUUUAGAGAAGAAAAGGUGUAACAAUAUGAGACUUAAAAUGGAAAAAGACAGGCUGGAGAUUGAAAGACAAAGAAAUGUUCUGUUAGAGAAACUUUUGGUAGCUGUGGAGGCUGUGGCGCAUCGAUGA